AUGCCGUCCGUUAAGAAGGUGCUGUAUUUCCUCUCAAGCGCCCUGCUGAGCAUCGGCGGUGUGGCUAUCCUCGGCUAUAGCAUGUCCGCGGACUGGGCCCAGUCCACCCUGGCGUGCUUCCCCCAAAACGGUAGCAUGGACGGUGGCUCUGUCACCAUCCAGAUGGGCCUAUUUAACGGCAGCGAGGAGAAGAUAGCCUGCCCCAGGUUCGACUUUAUAGACAAGGUCACGGUGUUUGACAAGUUGACGACGAUAGGGGGUGCUGCAAUCAUUUUGCAUGCCCUUGUGCUUGGUCUCCUGAUCAUAGCUCUGGUGGGGUCUGCAGGUAGCAUCCUGAUCACGCUCUUCAACACUGUCAGUAACCCGUAUGAAACCUACAUGGGACCCAUUGGACUGUUUGUCUGCAGUGGAUUAAGUGCAUCGUUGGCAUUCCUGGCACUACUGCUGUACUUAGCAAACAUGUUCGGAGUGAAAGUAGCACAGAAGAUGGUUCAGCUGGACUCGGAGGUGGUGGUCUCGGAUGAGAAGGUGACGUUCCUGGUCGGAUUCUACCUGCUACUGCCGUACAUCGCUGUCAGUCUGCUGGCCAUUUUGCUGGUCUACCUGUAUGUGCACGCUGCCUACACACAGCGGCGCGAGCAGGAGAAACCCACUGAGGACGCACCCAAGGACAUCAUGAUGUACUAA